AUGGAGCUCCUGGUAAGAGAUGACGAAGCUCUAAGUGCCCAGCCGUUCCUGGAACUGCCCAUUGGCAUCUCCAGCCCAUUCCCCUCCCCUCCCAGCAGCCUGGGCCCCCUGCCUGCCAGCUGCGUGGGGGUGGAAGAGGAGGAGGCACCAGACAUUGACAUAUACCAUUGCCCGAAUUGUGAGAAAACCCACGGGAAGUCCACCUUGAAGAAGAAGCGGACCUGGCACAAACACGGCCCCGGACAGACGCCUGACGUCAAGCCCGUGCAGAACGGCAGCCAGCUCUUCAUCAAGGAGCUGCGGAGCCGCACCUUUCCCAGUGCUGAAGACGUGGUGGCCCGUGUCCCAGGCAGCCAGCUCACACUCAGCUACAUGGAGGAGCAUGGCUUCACCGAGCCCAUCCUGGUCCCCAAGAAAGACGGUCUGGGUCUGGCCGUUCCUGCCCCCACGUUCUAUGUCAGUGAUGUCGAGAACUAUGUGGGGCCAGAGCGGAAUGUGGAUGUGACGGAUGUCACCAAGCAGAAGGACUGCAAGAUGAAGCUGAAGGAGUUUGUGGACUAUUACUACAGCACCAACCGCAAGCGGGUCCUCAACGUCACCAACCUCGAGUUCUCCGACACCAGAAUGUCCAGCUUUGUGGAGCCACCUGACAUUGUGAAGAAGCUGUCCUGGGUAGAAAACUACUGGCCUGAUGACGCAUUGCUGGCCAAGCCUAAAGUGACCAAGUACUGCCUGAUCUGUGUGAAGGACAGCUACACUGAUUUCCACAUCGACUCUGGGGGCGCCUCUGCCUGGUACCACGUGCUCAAGGGGGAGAAGAUCUUCUAUCUCAUCCGACCAGCCUCGGCCAACAUCUCCCUGUAUGAGCGGUGGCAGUCGGCCUCCAACCACAGCGAGAUGUUCUUUGCUGACCAGGUGGACAAAUGCUACAAGUGCACUGUCAAGCAGGGCCAGACCCUCUUUAUCCCCUCAGGCUGGAUCUACGCCACACUCACCCCCGUGGACUGCCUGGCCUUCGCAGGACAUUUCCUCCACAGCCUGAGUGUGGAGAUGCAGAUGAGAGCAUAUGAAGUGGAAAGAAGGUUAAAACUGGGCAGCCUGACUCAGUUUCCCAACUUUGAAACUGCCUGCUGGUACAUGGGGAAGCAUUUGCUUGAGGCAUUCAAAGGUUCUCACAAAUCUGGGAAACAGCUGCCCCCACAUUUAGUUCAAGGAGCUAAAAUUCUCAAUGGUGCUUUCAGAUCAUGGACGAAGAAGCAGGCCCUGGCGGAGCAUGAGGACGAGCUCCCGGAGCACUUCAAACCUUCCCAGCUCAUCAAGGACUUAGCCAGAGAGAUCCGGCUCAGUGAGAAUGCCUCCAAAGCUGUCCGACCGGAAGUGAAUGCUGUCACCUCAUCAGAUGAAGUUUGUGACGGGGACCGGGAGAAGGAGGAACCCCCGUCUCCCAUUGAAGCGACCCCACCUCGAUCCCUCCUAGAGAAAGUUUCCAAAAAAAAGACUCCCAAAACUGUGAAGAUGCCCAAGCCGUCCAAAAUGCCCAAGCCCCCAAAGUCCCCCAAACCCCCAAAGCCCCCCAAAAUGCUGAAGCUCAAGGAUGGCAGCAAGAAGAAAGGGAAGAAGUCCCGGGAGUCAGCCUCGCCCACCAUCCCCAACCUGGACCUGCUUGAAGCCCACACCAAGGAGGCACUGACCAAGAUGGAGCCACCCAAGAAGGGCAAGGCCACUAAGAGUGUCCUGAGUGUGCCCAACAAGGACGUGGUCCACACACAGAACGACGUGGAGAGGCUGGAAGUCCGAGAACAAGCUAAGAGCAAGUCAGAGGCCAAGUGGAAGUACAAGAACAGUAAACCUGACUCCUUACUGAAGAUGGAGGAGGAGCAGAAGUUGGAGAAGUCACCCCUGGGCGGAAACAAGGAUAACAAGUUCUCCUUUUCUUUCUCCAACAAGAAACUCCUGGGUUCCAAGGCUCUCAGGCCCCCGACAAGCCCUGGUGUGUUCGGGGCCUUGCAGAACUUCAAGGAGGACAAACCCAAGCCCGUGCGGGAUGAGUAUGAAUACGUGUCUGACGACGGGGAGCUCAAGAUCGACGAGUUUCCCAUCAGGAGGAAGAAGAACGCCCCAAGAAGGGACUUGUCCUUCCUGUUGGAUCAGAAGGAGGUGCUCCCCACGCCCAUCCUGAAGCCAAAGCUGGGAUCGGCUGCAUACAAGCAAAGCGAUGACUCCUCCGAUGAGGGCUCGCUGCACAUCGACACAGACACCAAGCCUGGCCGCAACGCCAAAGUCAAGAAGGAGAGCGGGAGCUCGGCGGCUGGCAUCUUGGACCUGCUGCAGGCCAGUGAAGAGGUCGGCGCGCUGGAGUACAACCCCAACAGCCAGCCCCCAGCCUCCCCCAGCACGCAGGAAGCCAUUCAGGGAAUGCUGUCCAUGGCCAACCUGCAGGCCUCCGAGCCCUGCCUGCAGACCACAUGGGGUGCUGGCCAGGCCAAGGGUGGCUCACUGGCGGCCCACGGUGCCCGGAAGAGCAGGGGUGGUGGCAGCAAGAGCACAGGCAAGCGACUGCUGAAGAGGGCCGCCAAGAACAGCGUGGACCUGGAUGACUACGAGGAGGAGCAGGACCACCUGGACGCCUGCUUCAAGGACUCGGACUAUGUUUACCCCUCACUGGAGUCCGACGAAGACAAUCCUGUCUUCAAGUCCCGGUCAAAGAAGAGGAAAGGCUCGGAUGACGCUCCCUACAGCCCAACAGCGAGGGUUGGCCCGUCAGUGCCGAGACAGGACAGGCCCGUGCGUGAGGGGACCAGAGUGGCCUCCAUUGAGACUGGGCUGGCAGCCGCUGCAGCCAAGCUGUCCCAGCAGGAGGAGCAGAAGAGCAGGAAGAAAAAGUGCGCCAAGAGGAAGCUGACUCCUAACACCACCUCCCCCUCAGCCUCCGCCUCCGCCUCGGCCUCCACCACCUCAGCCUCUGCCACGCCGGCCUCCACCACCCCGGCCUCCACCAGCACGGCCAGCAGCCAGGCCUCGCAGGAGGGCAGCUCGCCUGAGCCCCCGCCCGAGUCGCACAGCAGCAGCCUGGCCGACCACGAAUACACAGCAGCCGGUGCCUUCACUGGGGCCCAGGCCGGCCGCACCUCGCAGCCCAUGGCCCCCGGGGUCUUCCUCUCCCAGAGGCGGCCCUCGGCAUCGUCUCCCAACAACAACACUGCUGCCAAAGGAAAACGUACAAAAAAGGGCAUGGCCACCGCCAAGCAGAGGCUGGGGAAAAUUUUGAAAAUUCAUCGGAACGGAAAACUGCUCCUUUAAAGUUUGGAAAGCCAGGACCCUUCUGCUCCACUCAGGACCCCCCGGAGCCCCACUAAAACAUCAGCCCCCCAGGAGGGUGGCCGAGCUGCCUCACCUAGGGAGGGCCUCGCCUCCUCCCAGCCACCACUCCCCCCAAAUGAGCGUCUGUCCCUUCAGCGGGCAGAGCAAGCUGAGUGCGGCCGUCCCUCGUUUUGAACAUGGACGUCCUUUCUCAAGUUACUUAGAGUGACCAGUUCUCGAAAAGCAGCCCUGCCAGUUUGAGGACCAUUCCAGUUUCAGGACAGCCUCCAGGCACCCCUGAGUGUGGGUGUGAUUGCAGGGCCUCUGCAGCUCUGCUGGCAGCGUGAGUCCUUCGAGGAAGGCAGAGUGAGCCAACGCUCACAGCCCAAGAGUCUGAGCUGGCCACAGGCUGGUAGCCUCCAGAGGCUUAAAAAAAGGCAAAGAACACAGAGAGAAAGGAGGAGCAAGCGGGAUGUUUACGUGCCCCCCUUCUCUUCCUGAGUGAUUCUCAGACAACUGCAGAGAGCACUCAGCCACCGAGGAGGGAAGGCAGCCCUAGGAUCCCCGGCUGGCAGGUGGCAGGUGGGGUGGUAGAGGGUGUCUCACCCUGAAUGCCCAUAGGCAUUUCUUGGGUGCACUAGGACCGACAGCCGGGUUAGUGUGUUAGCAGGUGGGGGAGCCAUUGUAGGGUUCCCAAGGAAGAGCAAGGGCUCAGCCACGUCUUAGGGUCCAGGGGACCCAGGCUAAGCCACGUGGGGGAGCCCCGUCUAGCCUGCUGGCUACACUCUGGAGAAGCACUUCGCAGCCAAGUCACCCCUGCCCUGGGACUGGUGGGGCAGGGACAGUGGCCGGGCAGUCGAGCACGUGUGGAUGGCGCUUCUCUGUUCUCCCGUGUCAGCGUGUGGUGUCCCGAGCAUGGGUUGUACCUGGACGGUGUGUCCACCCAUCGACGUGGAGGGGCUGGAUUUGUUUCUCAGGCAAUUCUGUAUUUUAAUUUUAGAUGUAUUUCCUGAAGCAUAUUUUUCAUAGAAUGUAGCGUGUAAAUAGCUUUUUAAAUAACUUCUUUUUUAUAAGAGUAAAAGUAUCUUUAGGAAUUUCUUUCUAUAGAGUCCUUCAUUAACAUUUAUACGAGUUUUUUGCUGAGUAUGAUGGACAGUUGGGUUCUGAUCCUUUUUCCUUUUCCUUCUUUCCUUUUAUUAUUAUUAUUAUUGUUGUUAUUUUUAUUUUAGAAACUAAGGUAUUGCCUGAAAAACAAGUGAUGUCUGUGCAGCCUUAUACUCUGUCUUUACAGAAGCAAACAGUACUCAAAGGAUCUAUUUCAGACACAUUUUGAAGAUGAAUCUUCACCUUUAAUACCAGCUCUUUGUUUCCUUCUUGGAAGAUGAGGGAUCGGGGGAUACAGUUAUUUUACUAGCACCUUGUGAAGUGUUUCCGUGUUUUGUGAUGCUGUAAUUUAUUAAUGUUUGUAGCUUUUUAUAUUUGUACAUUUCUUAUGAGCUUUGUUUAUAUCCCCAUUACCUGGAUGUUUCGUCCAUGA